GACGAGGACCAGAGAACAGCAUAUGAUUUAUCUGUUAUAUUGGUUGGCGAUUUUUUUCAACUACCACCAGUGUCAAGUGAGCUUCAUGGUCACCCAGUUUUAUCACCAGGACUUGAAUGGACCUUAUUGUAGACUUCUGACAUCCAUUCUUUUUCACUUGGAGGAAAACUUCUUUCUCAGUCUGACUCCUCAUCUCCAGUUGUCUGAUCCCAUACCAUUGAAAAAACCAGCAGCAGAAUGUGAACUUGAUACCAGUGGAAGAGGCAAGCUGCGUUAUAUGUGGGUUCAGUGUGUUAUAGAUUCCAGACAACACAGUACAGAAGAAGAAAUGGACUCAGAUAUUUCCAAGCUUCUGUGUGAAAUGGGCCCAGUGGAGUUAACCAGUCUCCAAUUACUGAUGAACCUCCUGAUUCUGCACCUGUUCUUUCAGAACCUGAAACAAGUCAAGCAAAAGUGAAUAGGACUUCUAGAAGGAGAGGAAAAGGCAAAGGGAGAGGUAAACAAAGAGUGGACGAGUCUGUGGCAAAGUAGCGCAUUCUCCACCUGUGUUGGACUUUCUGGAAAUUGAAGUCUGUCCUAAAACCACAGAGUUUAAAGAGUGACAGUAUCCAAGGUCGGGUUGAAGAGCCAUCUCGUCGAAUAUCAACCCCCCUUCGAAACCCUCUGGAGGCAGGUUCUUCAUCUUUGCAUCACUGGCCAUCCAGUGCAACAUGCUGGAGUGGAUGCCCGCUUCUUGGUGAAUGAUGUUUUUGUAUAUCUGCAGCAACCUUUGCGAAGGAAGUGCAAGGAAAUUGCUACUUCUUAGUUCCGCAUACCCCCGUGGGCUUCUACACCACAAAGUGAGGCACAUCCGGACAAUAUCUUUAUUCCACCUCCGUCCGUGGGGAUGUCUCUCCAAAGCCAAUUUUCGGGACAUCAAAAAUGAUUUAACUUUCUCUGUACAUUGUGGGAAUAAUGAAUUAAAGAUUGUGUGCAUGUCUGUGUGAUCUUCUUUACUGAGUUCCACAUCUGAUUGCUUAUUUACAGUAAAUGAUUUUUCAUUAAGAGAUGAAUUAGAAGGAUUAGGUGUGUCAACUGGUUUAUUUUUUGGGAGUUGGUUGAGAUAUUUACAUGGAGGGCAGGAGUUUGAUGCCAGUGUUGAUGUUUUAAAGGGCAACACUUUUGUACAGGACUUUGAUCUGUACCGCACAGAGAUAGGGCUGUUUUCAUCACCUAGCUUUGAUACAUGCUCUACAUAAAUUUUUGAAGUUUUGUUUUUAGAUGGAACAACACUUUGUACACCAUCACAGUACCGCAACUUUCUUACAAUUUCAAAAAUUGUCAUAGAGUUAUAUGUCUUAUCAAGUCCAAGGUCAACUGGGUUAAUAACUGAUCCCAUAGUGAAAAGGCUCCAUGUAGAAUCAGAAUUAAGUGUUAUUUCAAUGAGGACCUGGCUUCCAUUAACUACAGUGCUUGUCAAGUGACCAACUUUUAAGUAGCAUUGUUGUUUUGCCAUGAUAAAGAAAUCAUCAGGGACUUUUACUUCAUUGAAUGAUAUUUUUAAGUCUGUAUUUUUCCAGUGAAUUCCAUAGUAUUUUUUGGUCAAUUUACACCAGUCAGUUUUUGAGCGUCCAGUUUUUACAUUCACAUUUCUAAAAAAUUGGCUAAUAAUUUUGGCAAUUGCUGUACUUGUUAUUUUACAAUUGACACACUUAUUUUUUAUAUCUGCAAGUUCAAUAUACUCAUUUUCGUCCCCUUCCUCAAUAUUCUCGUUGAUCCAGUUAAUUAAAUAAUGUG